AUAAUUAUGAUUUAUUGUAUUUGGCUAUUAAAUGACCAUAUAACAUGGAACCUUAGAGAAGAUUUCGUCAGACUCGAGCUUAUGUAACUUUAGAAUCUCCGUUACGCAGCGGGUUUCCAUCGUAUUGAAUCCUCAUACGUUAAAUUAGAUAUAACUAAUUGCAUUAUGCGUCUCUGGGACACAAGUCCCGCGAUAGCGAUAGCUCUCAUUUGAGCACCGGGCAGGCUCAAGUUCGCAUCGAAGUUUAACGUCGUUCCGCUUAAAGUUGCCGAACCAUGACAAAGAAGUUCGAAUUUAAUUGGCGCAUCGAAGUGCCGGAGCUCUUGAGAAAUGGCUUAAUGUUCGAUCGAUGGUUCGAAGACAAGGAGACGACUGAAUACGAGCCGAAUUGCCUAUUCAAAGUCGAUGAGUAUGGUUUUUUCAUAUAUUGGAAAAGCGAUGACAAGGAUGGUGAUGUUAUAGAGUUGGCUCAAGUGUGCGAUAUUCGUUACGGAGGCACACCAAAGGAUCCAAAGUUAUGUAAUAAAUUAAGUAAACACGGAACCUCGGAGCAACUGGAUCAAAAAAGUUUAACUAUUUGCUCCGGGGUGGAUUAUACGAAUAUUACUUAUCAGCACGUUGUAUGCCCGGAUGCACAAACUGCUAAGGAUUGGCAGGCUGGUUUGCGUUUAAUUACACACAACACAAAAGCAAGUAACGUUUGUCCAAGAACACAGCUUAUGAAGCAUUGGAUGAAGCUAAGUUUUCAAGUCGAUCCGAAGGGAAAAGUUCCUGUGAAAGUGAUAUCAAAGACUUUUGCAUCUGGAAAGACCGAAAAACUCGUUUAUCAAGGAUUAUCGGAACUAGGUCUGCCCAGUGGAAAGAAUGACAAAAUAGAACCAGAAGCUUUCACAUUCGAUAAGUUUUAUAGCUUGUAUUUCAAGAUAUGUCCUAGAAAUGAUAUUGAAGAACUAUUUCAAUCGAUCACAAAAGGAAAAACCGAUACCAUAAAUUUAUUGCAAUUGGUGGAAUUUAUGAAUACGAAGCAGAGGGAUCCGCGGCUUAAUGAAAUCUUAUAUCCACUGUACACAGAGAAGAGGUGUAUGGAAAUUAUCAAUGAUUAUGAAACGGAUGAAAAAGCAAAAGGAGAAAAAAAGCUAACGAAGGAGGGUUUUAUACGGUAUUUAAUGUCAGAUGAGAACGCACCGGUGUUCUUAGACAAAUUGGAAGAAUGGAUGGACAUGGACCAACCACUCGCGCAUUAUUAUAUCAAUUCCAGUCACAACACUUACCUCAGCGGCCGUCAAAUCGGUGGCAAGAGCACCGUUGAAAUGUACCGACAGGUUCUACUCGCUGGUUGCAGGAAAACGAAAAAAGACUAUUACAACUGCAGAUGCGUCGAGUUGGAUUGUUGGGACGGAAAGGGCGAGGAUGAGGAACCUAUCAUAACCCACGGCAAAGCUAUGUGCACCGACAUCCUUUUCAAGGAUGUGAUCUACGCCAUAAGAGACACUGCAUUUGUCACUUCUGAAUACCCCGUAAUUUUGAGUUUCGAGAAUCACUGCUGCAUGAACCAACAAUAUAAACUCGCAAAAUACUGCGAUGAAAUAUUUGGCGACCUGUUGCUGAAGGAGCCCUUGAAAGAUUAUCCCCUCGAGCCAGGAUCUCCUCUUCCUCCGCCGAGCGCGCUGAAACGCAAGAUAUUGAUUAAAAACAAACGAUUAAAGCCGGAAGUGGAAAAGGUAGAGCUUGAGCUCUUUCGCGCCGGACAAUUCGAAGUCAAGGAUGAAGUGGUAGAGGAUGCCAGUGCACCUGCAGCUGCUCCCCCUCCAGAACCAGAACCACCGAAGGAAGGCGAAGCUCCUGCCGGAGGCGAAGGAACCGAAGAGGUACAAGCAGUCCAAUACACAGGCAGUACAAUGAGGGUUCAUCCUUACCUUUCGUCAAUGAUAAACUAUGCGCAACCAAUAAAAUUUCAGAGUUUUGAAACUGCCGAGAGCAAGAAUAUACAUCAUAAUAUGUCUUCGUUCUCCGAGACUGCCGCUCUUAACUAUCUGAAAACUCACUCCGUGGAGUUCGUUAAUUACAACAAGCGGCAAAUGAGUCGAAUAUAUCCAAAGGGUACGAGGGCUGAUUCGUCGAAUUACAUGCCCCAGGUCUUUUGGAACGCCGGCUGUCAGAUGGUGGCUUUGAAUUUUCAAACUCCCGAUCUGCCGAUACAGCUCAAUCAGGGGAAAUUCGAGUACAAUGGUACGACGGGUUACUUACUAAAACCCGACUUCAUGCGACGGCCUGAUCGAAACUUCGACCCUUUUUCCGAGGACGUCGAUGGCAUCAUCACCGCGCAGUGCUCCGUUCAAGUUAUAGCCGGGCAAUUCUUGUCGGACAAGAAGGUGGGCACGUACGUGGAGGUAGAUAUGUACGGUCUACCAGCAGACACGAUUAAGAAGGAAUUCAGAACACGGAUGGUGCCUGCGAACGGUCUGAAUCCGGUCUACAACGAGGAGCCGUUCUUAUUCCGGAAGGUCGUCCUUCCCGAUUUGGCGGUGCUCAGAUUUGGUGUGUAUGAAGAGAGCGGCAAAUUGCUCGGACAGCGAAUCUUACCUUUAGAUGGCCUGCAGGCCGGUUACAGACAUAUCUCCUUGAAAACCGAAGCAAACUUCCCGAUGGCGUUGCCCAUGCUCUUCUGCAACAUAGAGCUGAAGAUUUACGUUCCCGAUGGAUUCGAAGACUUUAUGGCCGCUUUGUCGGAUCCGGGCGGUUUUAGCAAAGCUGCCGAGAAGCAAAGUGAGACGAUGAAGGGACUUGGAAUAGAACAGACGGAUACCAAGGCGGAAGCUAAGAAGAAAGAAGAAGAAAUGAAGAAGGCGGAGGCAUUCAAACUUGAACCUAUCACGUUAGAAUCUUUAAAAAAAGAGAAAGGUUUCAAAAUGGGCAAAAAGCAUCAGAAAGAAUUGGAUACUAUGAAGAAGAAACAUGCUAAAGAGAGACAAACUAUGCAAAAGAAUCAUUGUAGCGCCAUCGAGAAGUUAACCAAAGGAAAAGACAAAAAUGCUCUAGCGCAAGAUGCGAAUGUAAAGAAAAUUAUAAGUGAACAAACGACCCAAUGGUCCGCCAUAAUGGAGAAGCAGAGGAAAGAAGAAUGGGAAUUAUUGAAAAAUCAAACACAAAACUCUCGUGAUGAGUUAAAAAGAUUGAUCGAGAUCGUGCAAGCUACGCAAGUUAAACAGAUGCAAGCGAAACACGACAGAGACAUAAAGGAUAUGAAUACUAAUCAAGCGAAAAUAUCCGUGGAAACAGCGAAGGAGGUGAUGAAUGAUAAAGCUUUGAAGACAAAGGGUGAUAAGGAUAGACGGCUUCGCGAAAAAAAACAACAGAAUACGAAAAAAUUCAUAGAAGAAAGGAAAAAUAUAGAAAUCAAGCAAGGUCGUGAAAAAGAGAAGCUGAAAAUUACACACCAAAAACAAGUAGAAGAUCUAGACAAAGACAUCAAUGCAAGUAUUGAAUUAUAUGAGAACGAAGUAUUUGAAUACGAUUUAUCACCUAAGGCAGAAUUCUAUACAUAAUUUUCUCACUAUUCCUAUUAUCACAUACUUAUCACUUACUAAUAUUGUUAUCUUAUAUUUUGUAUUAUACAUGUACUUAUUUUUAUAUUUUUCAUAAUCAUAUAUUGUUUUUUAUACCAUUAGAUAUUCCUGUAACAAAUUAUUUUUCGCUAACAUGUAAUCCAACAAAGUUUGUAAACUUUGAUUAAUCGCUGAUAAACAAAUAUCUAUUAUAACAAAUAUUAAUACUUAUGUAUAUAUAUAUGAUUAAAUAAAGAAAUGGUUAUCAAAAAA